AUGUCCGAUAACGAAAAUUUCGAGGCACUCAAUCCGGAGUGUAAAGAUUCGGACGAGCAAUCGGUCAAAUCGACACAAAGUCAAAAGUCAACGGUGCUAUCCGCACCUACACUCAACGUGCCUGUUACGUCAGGACGACAAUCACCUGUGCACUCGGAUGUGGACGAGACAGGUUCCAUCAAACCCACGCGCUCGUCAAAACGUACACAAUCACCCGCACGGCUACCUGACGAGCUCGUGCUUAAAGCCAGAUCGCAAAUCAAUCGCGUUAAGGCACUCACGCUACAUUUCAAGCAAAUCAAUAAUUUCCGGGAUAAGGACAGCUCUGCAAUCAAGGCAAUUCUACAAUCAGCCGAGGAAGUACACAGGGCUUCCCUCAAAGAGUACUCGUUUCUGGAAAUUACCUGGCCAGUAGCACAUAUCAAUCAUGAGUAUUUUGCGAAUGAUGUUUACACGCAAGAAGCAAGCAUCAUCUGCGAUAUUCGCCAACUCGCUGCAGUCCGUCUUCAGCCAAUCGACACUCAUUCACCUCAGUCAUAUCGUGAAGCAGUACAGCCUCAGCCAAAGUUACCAAAGCUGCCGCUGCCGAACUUUGAUGGUGGUUACCAGCACUGGACCUUGUUCUGCACUCUCUUCCAGUCAAUGGUAAUCAACAACUCAACACUCACAGAUCUUGAGCGACUGCAUUAUUUGCGAGUUGCCGUUACUGGUCCAGCACUCGAGCUCAUCUCACACAUCCCGGUUACUGAAACUGCGUUUUCAACAGCCUGGACAGCGCUCAAAGAGCGCUACGGGAACAAACGAGUUCUCAUCGACGCUCAACUCGCACAUCUGUUUCAAGAACACUCAGCUACUCAAAAGCAGAAAGAAUCUGCCGAAUUUCUGCAGCAACUCAUCUCUGGGGUAGAGUCAGCACUCAACGCACUCGCACUCAUUGGCCAAUCAACAGACAAUUGGGAUUGUCUGGUAGUUUAUUCCACCAUCAAGCAACUCUCAAGCCGCACUCGCGAACUGUGGGAAUCCUCAGUUAGCAAUCCAGCGACAUACCCAACCUACACGCAACUCAAGGACUUUAUCAGUCAGCGGGCUCGCACUCUCGAGAACACAGAGUCAGCUCGUCAGCAAUCAACUGCCAGCACCUCAAGCAAUCAGCAAAAACCAAAAAACUCACUUCACGCUACCGCACGCAAAACUGCCACUCAGCCAGCUCAGCAAGACUCGUGUUAUCAAUGUGAUUGCUGCUUUGGAGCGCUCUUCAUCACUUCAUGCCAAAAGUUCCGCACUCUGUCACCUCAAGAUCGUCGUGAAGUAGUUAUCCAACGACGCAUCUGCAAGAACUGUAUGGGAAGACACAACCUUGCAUCGUGCAAAAGUUCUGCGCGGUGCAAGAUUUGCAAUCGCAAUCACCACUCAAUGUUACACGAAGCAGCUACAGCAACAACCUCCUAUCACUCAUGUCAAUCCAACCACUCAACUCAAUCAUCACUCAACUCCGCCACGCACUCAUCAACUGCAAUCACUUUACUAGCUACUGCAAAAGCACUAAUCAUCACGCCGAUUCAGCAAAUCAACGUUAGAAUUCUGAUCGACUCUGGGUCAGAAAUUUCUCUCGUCUCUGAACAUCUCAUCACGCAAGCUUCAAUUAAAAGACGUCACUCAUCAGUUACCAUCACGGGAAUCGGCGGUAAGAAUGUCAUUACAUCAAAGGGGUCAGCUGACCUCAUACUCAAGGCAAGUCACUCUGACACAACUGUGCAAAUCGUUGCUCAAAUUUUACCAAUUCUUACUGUCCGUUCACCAUCAUCACGCACGUCAUCUGAACCAUGGACUAAUCCACACCAUAUCAAGCUUGCAGAUCCGAGUUUCUUUCUGCCACAACCAGUGGACAUCAUCAUCGGCGCUGAUUUUUUCGGUCGAAUUAUUAAACCAAACAUCAUCAGGUACCCGUCAAUCACUUCAAUUGCUCAACUUUCAAUUUUUGGUUGGCUCAUCAUUGGACCAGCAGCACUCACAUCAACUCAGCAGCCUCGUCUCUCACUCAUCACCACCUCAAACACUAGACAAGAAAGCAAUCUCGACGAGUUGCUCACUCGAUUCUGGAUUCAAGAAGAAGUUAGAGAGCAAUCGGUCAGUGAACUGACCCCAGAAGAAGAACAAUGUGAAACACACUUCAAAACGACACAUCAACGAGACCAAUCGAGGCGAUACAUCGUCCGACUGCCAGUCAUCUCAGAAAAAUUGAAUCUUGGAAAUUCGUACAACUCAGCACAUCGACGGCUACAGCAAAUCAGCAAGAAACUCAACACCAACCAAGAAUACAAGCAACUCUACACAGAAUUUAUGCAAGUCUACGAAGAAAUGGGACACAUGACUGCCGUAUCAAACACUCCAACUUCACUCAAUACUGACAAUGACAUUGAAUCAGCUGAUUUCACCACCGAGAUGACCUUAGCACAUGAUACUUCGGUAUCAGGAGGGUUGAGGGUCUCAAACGGUGAGUCAGCUGUUAAAUGUCACCAGCGUACUCAAUCAGUAUACUAUCUACCACAUCACGGAGUGUUACGUCCCGACAGUGUCAGCACCAAACUCAGAGUCGUCUUCGAUGGCUCGUGUGUCACCACAUCAGGAAAAUCACUCAACGAUUUCCUGCACAUCGGAGCAAAAAUUCAACUUGAUAUCACCGACGUACUUCUAUACGUCCGACAACACCAAUACAUCGUCUCGACAGACAUUGAAAAAAUGUUCCGGCAAAUCAACGUACACCCAGACGACUGGAACUUGCAACGCAUUCUUUGGUUCAAUAAUAAUAAAGAGAUUACGCCAUAUCAUCUCACCACAGUCACCUACGGCACGAGAUCAGCACCGUUCCUUGCCGUCCGAGUCCUUCAACAACUCAUGGAGGACGAAGGAAAAAAUUAUCCACUCGCAGUACCUGCACUCAAGUACGGCAGAUAUGUCGACGAUAUUUUCGGCGGAGCUGAUAACACUUCUGAGCUAAAAGCAAUCGCCAAUCAAUUAAAACAAAUCUGCACGGCGGGCGGUUUCCCACUCGCCAAGUGGCAAUCAAACAGCGAAGAAGUACUCAAUUUCAUUUCGGCAUUCAAAAGUAGUUUGUUUUUAAGUGCUUAUCGAAUCGCCGAAACGACUCUUUUGUGA